GAAAAACAAUAAAGCCAAAGAAAAUAAGUUCAUCCAGACCACAUAUCUAGUGGGUAAGGACAGCUGUACUAUGUUGGAUGUUCUUUUGAAACCCAUGCAGUAUCUAGUAAACAUGAACAAGAUGUUUAACGAUUUAGGAUUGAUGUUGCUGAACACCGAGGACACUGACUAUGUAGGCGAAAUAAAGCGUUAUUUAAAUCAGGUUUUCAACAAGAUUCAGAGCAAACUUGAUCUAGUGUCAGAAAUUAUUGAUCAAAUUGUCCACCGAUAUGAAAAACGAUGUGAAAGAAAUAAAUCAGCUAUCGAAAAAUGGAAGAAAAUAAAAGAAAAACUAAGACUCAUUUUUGAAACUACCAUUGUUGCACCUUGUUCGUUUACUUUAAAAUUAUAUUUAAAUUACUAUUUUCCUAACGAAGAAUACUUCAAUGAGUAUUUGAAUACUUUAAUUAAAACAUAA